AUGGAGCAGCAGAGACUGGAGGUCCUGUCCCCUGAGGGCGAGCUCUUACCCCCUGAGGGCGAGCUCUUGCCCCCUGAGGGCGAGCUCUUGCCCCCUGAGGACGAGCUCUUGUCCCCUGAGGGCGAGCUCUUGUCCCCUGAGGACGAGCUCUUGUCCCCUGAGGACGAGCUCUUGCCCCCUGAGGACGAGCUCUUGUCCCCUGAGGACGAGCUCUUGUCCCCUGAGGACGAGCUCUUGUCCCCUGAGGGCGAGCUCUUGUCCCCUGAGGACGAGCUCUUGUCCCCUGAGGACGAGCUCUUGUCCCCUGAGGGCGAGCUCUUGUCCCCUGAGGACGAGCUCUUGUCCCCUGAGGACGAGCUCUUGCCCCCUGAGGACGAGCUCUUGCCCCCUGAGGGCGAGCUCUUGUCCCCUGAGGACGAGCUCUUGCCCCCUGAGGACGAGCUCUUGUCCCCUGAGGACGAGCUCUUGUCCCCUGAGGGCGAGCUCUUACCCCCUGAGGACGAGCUCUUGCCCCCUGAGGGCGAGCUCUUGCCCCCUGAGGGCGAGCUCUUACCCCCUGAGGACGAGCUCUUGCCCCCUGAGGACGAGCUCUUGCCCCCUGAGGGCGAGCUCUUGCCCCCUGAGGGCGAGCUCUUACCCCCUGAGGACGAGCUCUUGCCCCCUGAGGACGAGCUCUUGCCCCCUGAGGGCGAGCUCUUACCCCCUGAGGACGAGCUCUUGCCCCCUGAGGACGAGCUCUUGUCCCCUGAGGGCGAGCUCUUGCCCCCUGAGGGCGAGCUCUUACCCCCUGAGGACGAGCUCUUACCCCCUGAGGACGAGCUCUUGCCCCCUGAGGACGAGCUCUUACCCCCUGAGGACGAGCUCUUACCCCCUGAGGGCGAGCUCUUGCCCCCUGAAGGCGAGCUCUUGUCCCCUGAGGACGAGCUCUUGUCCCCUGAGGACGAGCUCUUGCCCCCUGAGGGCGAGCUCUUGUCCCCUGAGGACGAGCUCUUGACGAGCUCUUACCCCCCUGAGGACGAGCUCUUGUCCCCUGAGGGCGAGCUCUUGUCCCCUGAGGGCGAGCUCUUACCCCCUGAGGACGAGCUCUUGUCCCCUGAGGGCGAGCUCUUGUCCCCUGAGGACGAGCUCUUGCCCCCUGAGGGCGAGCUCUUGCCCCCUGAGGGCGAGCUCUUGCCCCCUGAGGGCGAGCUCUUGCCCCCUGAGGGCGAGCUCUUGCCCCCUGAGGGCGAGCUCUUACCCCCUGAGGACGAGCUCUUGCCCCCUGAGGGCGAGCUCUUGCCCCCUGAGGGCGAGCUCUUGCCCCCUGAGGGCGAGCUCUUACCCCCUGAGGACGAGCUCUUGCCCCCUGAGGGCGAGCUCUUGCCCCCUGAGGACGAGCUCUUGCCCCCUGAGGGCGAGCUCUUGCCCCCUGAGGGCGAGCUCUUACCCCCUGAGGACGAGCUCUUGCCCCCUGAGGGCGAGCUCUUGCCCCCUGAGGGCGAGCUCUUGCCCCCUGAGGGCGAGCUCUUACCCCCUGAGGACGAGCUCUUGCCCCCUGAGGGCGAGCUCUUGCCCCCUGAGGGCGAGCUCUUGCCCCCUGAGGACGAGCUCUUGCCCCCUGAGGGCGAGCUCUUGCCCCCUGAGGGCGAGCUCUUGCCCCCUGAGGGCGAGCUCUUGCCCCCUGAGGGCGAGCUCUUACCCCCUGAGGACGAGCUCUUGCCCCCUGAGGGCGAGCUCUUGCCCCCUGAGGGCGAGCUCUUGCCCCCUGAGGACGAGCUCUUGCCCCCUGAGGGCGAGCUCUUGCCCCCUGAGGGCGAGCUCUUGCCCCCUGAGGGCGAGCUCUUGCCCCCUGAGGGCGAGCUCUUACCCCCUGAGGACGAGCUCUUGCCCCCUGAGGGCGAGCUCUUGCCCCCUGAGGGCGAGCUCUUGCCCCCUGAGGACGAGCUCUUGCCCCCUGAGGGCGAGCUCUUGCCCCCUGAGGGCGAGCUCUUGCCCCCUGAGGGCGAGCUCUUGCCCCCUGAGGGCUACAUGUGUGGGGGGGUGGGUCAGCAGCGAGCGGCCGAUGCAGAAGCUCAGGACGUGUGUGACGCAGUGAAGGACCAGGUGGAACAGAGAAUGGGACAAACAUACAACACUUUCACAGCAAAAUCCUACAGGAAACAAACAGUCUGUGGAUUCAACUAUUUCAUCAAGGUAUGA